AUGCACAAGCAGAAACAGAGGGUAUACUCGAAAUCAGAAAUAGUGCACUCAUUACCAGACUUCACCUUAGAGAUGAGGGCUAUGAAUUCGACCUGUCAACAAGUCCUAAGGACAAACAUCCUAGUGGUGCUUCUGGAGGAGCAGUGUCCUAGAGGUGCUUUUCUGGAGCAGAGUCCCAGUCAGGUUUCUCAAGUUCCCUCUCUCCCCAUCACCCAGAGUUAUGCCAGCUUCACGGUGUCAGAACCAGGGCAGAAACUGGCUGAUGUGACCGACUGUAACUUAGAUCAUUAUUACAGCCUGGGGGACUCAGCGACCUUUGAGGAUGUGGCUGUGAACUUCACCCUGGAGGAGUGGGCUUUGCUGGAUCCUUCCCAGAAGAACCUCUACAGAGAUGUAAUGUGGGAAACCUUGAACAACCUGGCCAUUAUAGGAAAAAAACAGGAAGACCAGAACCUUGAAGAUCAGUGUAAAAAUCCUGGGCAAAAAUUGAGAAGUUUUAUUGAGGAGAGACUCUUUGAAAAUAAAGAAAGUAGUCAGUGUGGAGAAAUCUUGAGUCAAGAUUUAGAUUACAUGGUGAACAAGAAAACUCCACCUGAACUAAAACCAUGUCAAAGCAAGGUGUUUGGAAAAGUCUUCAUUGAUCAUUCAUCUUUUUAUAGGCUCAUUAGACAUGACACUGAAUACAUGCCAUCUGAGUAUAAGGAUUGUAGGCAGAAGUCAUAUUCACGUAAGCAAUGUGAGAAAACCUUCAGUUACUCCCACUCCUUUGGAACAUAUGAAGGGUCUUCCACUGCAAAGAAACUCUAUGAUUGUAAGGAAUGUGAAAGGACCUUCACUUCUAUUGCAGGCUUUCAAAGUAACAUGGUAAUGCACAGUGGAGAUGGACCUCAUAAAUGUAUGCUUUGUGGAAAAGCAUUUGCAUUUCUCAGUUUUUAUCAGAAACAUGAAAUAAUUCACACUGGAGAGAAACCAUAUAAAUGUAAAAAAUGUGGUAAAGGUUUCCAUACCUCCCAUUCCUUAUGAGGACAUGAAAUAACUCACACAGGAAAGAAGCCAUAUGAAUGUAAAGAGUGUGGGAAAGUGUUCAUUCAUUUCAGUUCCUUUCGUAUACAUGAAAGGACUCACACUGGAGAAAAACCUUAUGAAUGUGAGCAAUGUGGGAAGGCAUUUGCUCAGCGGAGGAGCGUUCAGUGGCACAUGAGAAUGCACACAGGAGAUAGACCUCAUAAAUGUAAGAUAUGUGGGAAAGUCUUUCACUGUCCUGGUUCGCUUCAAAAACAUGAAAGAAGUCACUCUGGAGAGAAACCCUAUGACUGUAAGCAGUGUGACAAAGCCUCAAGUUCUACUUCUUUGCAAUAUCAUGAAAAGAUACACACUGGUGAGAAGCCCUUUAAAUGUAAGUACUGUGGGAAAGCCUUCAGGUCUUCCAGUUUCAUUCGAAUACAUGAAAGGACUCACACUGGAGAGAAACCUUAUGAAUAGAAACCAAAUGAGUGUAAGGAAUGUGGGAAGGCAUUCAAUUUUCCCAGUUGCCUUCAUAUUCAUGAAAGGACUCACACAGGACAAAAACCCUAUGAAUGCAAACAAUGUGGGAAAGCAUUCUGUUGUGUCCAUUCUUUUAAUCAGCAUGAAAGGACUCACACUGGAGAAAAACCCUAUAAGUGUAAAAAAUGUGGCAAAGUCUUCAGUUGUUCUACCUCCUGUAAAUAUCACAAAAGGUCCCACACUGAAGAGAAGCCCUAUGUAUGUAGGCACUGUGGUAAAGCCUUCAGAUGUGCCAAAUGGAUUCGAGUACAUGAAAGGACUCACACUGGAGAGAAACCUUAUGAAUGUAAGCAAUGUGGAAAAGCUUUCAGGUCUUCAACUUCCUUUCGAAAUCAUGAAAGGACCCACACAGGAGAGAAGCCCUAUGAAUGUAAGCACUGUAGUAAAGCCUUUAUGUCUGCCAAAUGCAUUUGAGUACAUGAAAGAAUUCACAUGAGAGAGAAACCCUAUGUCUGUAAGACAUGUGGGAAAGCCUUCAUUUGUUCCAGUGUCUGUCAAAGACAUGAAAAAACUCAUACUGUUAAUGUAUGA